AUCAAAUCUGAGGCUUCCUUCCACGGGCUGGAUGAAUACAUGUUCUACGUGGAGGAGUACUUCAAGAAACGCGAGGCCGAGCGACUGCUGAUGCGACGAAAACAUGUGAGUAUGCUGCACCUUCCCUAG